CAGGCGACACGCCUCGCUUCAUCAUGAAUUCCAUCAAGCAAUGCCAUGGGCCUCCAAGAUUGUUCAUGCUUGACAAGUAUGAUAUCGGCGGCGAGGGAACAUGCUUGAAGAGAUACUCAGACCCAGCCUUCUUCAAGACGGAUUCCGCAUGUGCUAGGAUGCUGCAGGAAGGAAUUAGAACAGAAAGAAGACCAAUUAGAACCAUGGAAAUCAGGCCUAACCUGCAGAAUGCUGAGAUUUUCAGACCUCCCGAUGGAGCCAAUGAUGACUCCAAAUUCAAGUCCAAUUUAUCCAGCGAAGUUUUAGAUGAGGCCCCGACAAGGCGGCAACGACUGAAGUACCGACAACUAAACGGGUCUCUGUUCCGAAGCUUCAGACCGCUGAUGCAGGAUCUUUAUGAAAAGGCUUCACCAGAGGAGAAAACCUUCUCCAUGGAUCAAUCAGAGACGCAGGUAUCUUUCAGCGACUCGCCUGAUACAAACGCUGAAGAGAGAGACAUCAUGGUGGACACCUCCAGCAGCAUUGGAGAAGGAAAGGAUAGCAACUUCACUACAUUUCACAAGAUCAGGACAAGUUCCGAAGAAACACCGUCAAGUUGUUCUGAAGACCGGUCAGCAGGAAGCAGCAAGGGGUACAACUCUGAAACUGACGUCUAUGUAGAUGCACUCACCACAAUGGGAUCUGAACUGGAGACAGACUCUGAGCACAAGGACCAUGGACAACGCACCUUUACAUCGGCAUCGUCAGGCAAGAUGCGGUCUGAUGCUCACGGUGCUGCGGUCUCCAGGUCCAGUACCUUCAUUAAGGAGGAGGACUCGCCGAUGCCUUACUCUUCAGAUGUUGGCUCAGAAGAUGAAGAUGUGGCUGAUCACUAUGACAAAGAUGUCUCUGUCAACGUACCGCAUGCCAAACCUGUUGCUGGUGAACAUGAGAGGACUAGCUCGUUGGAGGAAUUGUUUGAACAGGAAAAGCCGGUUUCUUGCGAGCACGAGAGGACACAUUCCUUGGAGGAAUUGCUCGCCGGGGAUGUCCUUGUUUCAGAGCCUGACAUAAGAGAAUUAGCUACCGAGUUCAAUGCUAAUAGUAUAAUCGGUGAUGCUACACCCGAUGGUACAGUUGACACUACUAAAAAGGCCAAGGCGAACAACAUUUCAUCUAUUACCUUCAAGAAAAUGGCGAGCAAGAGGUGCGUCGAAGGCAUGGAGCUGUUUGCUUCAAAAGUUGGCAUUUUGCCCAGGAAAGUCUCCAAGAGGCAUGAUCCCUUCUCUGAUUCCCUUCGGAACAUGGCGAAGGAGCUACUUGAGCUGAAGUGUGAUGGCACUCAAGAUACCGAUUUGUAUGACUACGAAGCAAAUAGUGAGGUAUUCGAUGUUAGGUGUCGAGAAAUGCCUCACUCUCCUGUUGAAAUUAAGGGUGGGAGUUUCAGGCAAAGCAUUUCUUCUGAUUCACAUCAAGAUGAUGUUGGUUCAACAGAAUUGCAGCCAGAAGAGUCUGACCUUGAUGUUCCACCUACAGAGAGUCCUCAAGAUUCAGUACCUGAUGAAGAUGUGUUUCAGCAAACCCAUGUCCACUUGACAGGCAUCACAUCACCGAGUGCCCAGGAAAAAGAAGGAUGUGCUGGUGCUGCUCUUGAUGAUGAUUCAUGCUUUGGCAUGCUAGAUCAUGCACCGGAGCUUAUUCAAGAGCAGACUGAGGAUAUACAUGCCGAAGUUCUAUCUGAAAAUGCAUCUAAUAUGAGUGAAGAGUUGAAAGAAGCCUGCAUUUGCGAAGAGAAUGUGAAUGAGGAAGACGCCAAGGAAUGCAGUGAAUCCGAUGAAUAUGCAUCAGAUGAUGAAACAGAAGAGUAUAUAGGAGAGGAUAUGGUCCCCUCGCCGGUUUCAUCCAAGCAGUCUGAUGAUCCUUUACAAGUAACUCCAUUUACCCCCACAGACGCAGAUGAUGCCAUAGCAAGUGAAGACGGAGGCGAUGUGAUAGUAAGUGAAGGCACAGACAACUACAUCCCUGAAACAGAGCAUAUCACAUUGCUGGAAACGAUCACGGAAACUGAACUACCUCAAGAUGUACCUGAGUCAGCAAUCAGCAGUGAGGUUGCCGUGCCAGAUAAUGUACAGUGUUAUCUACACCCAGAAACUAGUUUUGCACCGGACACUGUUCUCAGCUGCCGUGAAGUUGUAGGCCAAAAUGAGAAACUGCAGUUAUGCAGCUCAUCCUCGAUGACUGCGGGUCCAGACCUGACUAUUAACACAGAGCAAAUACAUGAAUUAAAUCAGGAACCACCGAAUGCAUGCAACACUGAAUAUUUUGCAGAUCGAAUGGCUCCUGACUCGAGACAUGUGCCGCUACCGAACAUUUCAAGUUUUGAUUGGAUGCUUAGUGGUGCAAUGCGGCAGUCAUUAGAUGUAUUUCCUGCUCAAACAUCUCACGGAAUUCUACAAGAAAAUCGUUCUUCUGAAGAUACUGAACAUGCACCUCCACUUCCACCUCUUCCGCCAAUGCAGUGGCGAGCGACCAAGCUUCAGACAGGAUCCACAUCUUUAUUUGCAAAACUUGGGAAACCACCGAGGCCUCCAGUGAAGCACAAGGAAAGUGAUAGUAACUCUGCAGGUGUUGAAACACAUGAAGAGCCUGGAAAGCUCAAGGAAAAAAGCCUGCAUAACAGCUUUACUUCGCAGAAGGAAAUGGCCCAGCCAGAAGUUUCUGAUGAGAUUCUGACAAACCCGUUUCUUGACAGGGAUUCUCAAGAAGGUCAUCUCCAAGAAGGAUGCCAGGAGUCUGAUGUGCGCUCUUUUAAUCUAUUUUCUGCUCCAGAAGUCAAGAGCGUGACAGAUGUUGCUUCAGUUGAAGGCGACAGUCUGAACGCUUUGCAGCUACCUGAGCUUAUAGUAAUUCCAGAGGAGGCUUGGUCUGAACUUGCUGUAGAUAUAGAACCAAUAAUGCAACAGGAGAAAGCGCGAACCCAAGAGCUUAGGGAUGGAGUUUCUGAUUGCGAUGGCAUGCAAACUACUGUUUUGCCAAUAGAAAAGACCAAUGUGGAGCAUGAAAGAUCUGAUCAAAAGAAGAAGGAACUACCAGCUGGAGAUAGCAACACAAUUGCUGAUUCAGAAGAAAACAAACCAAAUGUGCUUUCUUGUAAGGAUGAUAUUCAGACCCCUGACUUGUCGGCACAGCAGGAAGAUGGAGAACACGGUAGUUCAGAUGAUAAGGCCAGGGAGUUCUCUUCAGCAUUAGAACAAGAACUAGCAAAGUUACCUUCUGACCCAGUGCCAGAACCACCUAAGUAUCCUCUGCUUCAAGUUAUUUCUCAUGAUAGAAGCAUGCUAAGAAAGGCUCCAACUUUGGUCCAGCCUCCAAGAAAGCUUUCAGAUGAGAAGAACACGAUGUUGGAACAGAUAAAGAACAAGUCCAUCAACUUGAAGCCCGUUGUAGCAAAGAGACCGAAUGUGAUGGGCGGUCCGAGAACAAACUUACAAGUGGCUGCGAUUCUGGAGAGGGCCAAUGCGAUUCGCCAGGCUGUUGCUGAUGACGAUGACGAGGAUAGCUGGAGCGAAUAGCUGAUUCCUCAGAGAAAUUUGUGAACGCUUGAUGUUUUACAGGUUAUGCGCGGAUCCAGGUCUUGUGGUAAUGUUCUUGCAUGGAGAAAAUGAUGGAAUAGUCAACUGUACUUCCUUUCUCUCCUCGAGAACAUCAUGCCAAGACAGUUGAUCUGUGGCAGUGAAGUUUUUUGCCAGGUACAUAGGAGAAGCAACGCUGCAGAGAUUCUAUCAUUCUCCCUUUUGGCCUUUUGGAGGCACAUCACAUGUUUAUUAAUUGCUAUCUUUUGAUGUACAUCCUGAAGGUCUGUGUACUCCUCAUAGUCAUAGAGACUAGUGUGAUUGUUUGUUACUUGAUGAGAUGUAUAUAGAAACUCG